CCGCCCGAUGACCAAUUGAGGUGAAAGAAUCACGCUCAUUUUUUUGUCACUGUACGAUCGAGACAGUUUCUUCUCACUUCGCAUAUAUGGAAAGUGGACACAAUUACACCCUACUUUGCAUGCCACAACUGUGAUGGAUAAAAAGUGCGUAUUUAAAGUGAUGAAGUGUUUCUCAACAUUAAAAUAAUAACAGUGGUGAGGCGCGAGGUAUGAAAAAAAAGUGAAGCAAUAUUCUUGUAUUUUCUCUCUCAAUUGAGAGAAUUGUAAGGCAACAUCGAAGAAGAAUAAAUUGCAUCAGUUUCUCUUGUGUUGUGUGUGGAUAUAGAAACUCCUCGGUGUAAUUACACGCAUUGCAUUGGAGGUGGAUUCUUCUCAUAUAUGGAAUUUAUGCUGCGGCUCACUCGUGUCUCUGUGAAGAAGGCAUUUCUCAGCAUCGAAUUGUGCUCAGGCUGUAUUGAACAAUUAAAGUAAAGGAGGUGUGCAAUUCGCUGUUUAAAGCCGCGUGAGUGCAUUGAAAUUGCAAGUGCAAGAACAAGAGGGGGGCAUUUCCCGAGUGAGAGGAUCCGCGAAAAGAUGUAGCCGCGCGGAGACAUCCAUGCCGAAGAAGGUCCAAUUAAAUGCGAUACACAGGAUUACGGCGCCAGCAUGCAAUCUGUCUUUUUGUCAGCACCGCUGAUCCUGCUGCUGAUUGUCCUCAGUGAAGGAGCCGCCACCGCACCAUCGCCAAUUAAUCCGGCCACCAAUUGCAGCGCUCCCGAUGGCCAGGCAGUGCGUGCAAAUUGCACCUCCGAUCACGCAGCAGCACAACCGCGGCGGAUCAGCGUGGAUCGUGACAACAAGCUCAUGUCGGUGCUGGCGGCUCGGCGGAGUGCUCUAGCGCGCGACAGGGGGCGCCACGUGACUUCCCGCCAAGUCUCCACACUCUCCAACGAGCCGGUGCGCGAGUGCGAGCGCAACUGCACCAGAAGCUUCACCGUUCAGCCCUCGCCGGAGUGCAUGAGGCGGUGUGCGUCCCUCAGAGGGGCGGCCGUGCGGCGGCCGGCGUCCUCGCGGGAGGAGGAGAACAUCUCGGAGUCCAACACGAUCGUCAAUGGCCGAGAUGAGUUGCUGCAGACGGAAGAGUCUGCCCAUGGCAUGACAAUCAUCCACACCAGUCGCGAGCUGGAGUCCUUCAGAAAUGUGUCCAAGAGUGGCAGCAACAAUUCCCUGGACAUCGAGCUGAAGGCGGCGGCAAACUCGUCGAAGAAGGAUGUUGCGACGCCGACGAAACCCACGCGAUCCUAUGUGGACAUCAGGAGCAAAAGACUCGAGGCCGCGAAGCAGCGGCAGAAGACUUCAACGGACAAGUCCGUUGAGGAGGGCGAUUUGAUUCCUUACUUCUUCUUCGGCCAGAAAAUCACGGCCACGAAGAUCACGGAGACCAAGAACCAAGUGAUCACCACCAAGAGGUCACCCUACUUCGCCAGUGGAAGCACCAAGCAAUCCCUGAAGGCCAAAGACGACGAGGAUGAGAUCAUGGAAGUGUCAGCGCCAAAGACAUCCACAACGGAGAAGAGCAAGUUCUGGCAACACAGUAGGCUCUACUAUCCCACGAGGAAUAUCGUGGCGUUCAACAGACGAGGCCUCAACAUGUCAGGCUUCGGCAGUCCCAAGCCCAACACCUCAACCGACGCCAGCACUUCCAGGGACCUGGUAGAUGCGCCACUGGACGUAAUUCACAUUCCUGAGAACAACAGCAGUGCUAAAUUGGUGACUCUGAGGAGCACAGAUGCGGCUCCCACGCCCUAUGACAUAGAAAAGGCUCAUCCGAACCUCCACGGGAUCAUCCUCGAGGUUCCCCCGUCGUCCCUGCCAGCUCUGGACAUUCACUCGCUGAAUCCUCCGUCGUCAGCCUUCAGCGAUAAGGACAUCAAUCUUGUGAUAUUCACGAAGCAGAAGCCGCCCGAUAGCAAUCCUUCCCCGUCUGAGGUCGCUCCAGUGAUAAAUGGGAGUGAAAUCCUGACGAUUAAUCAUGAUCUGGCUCCUGAGCCAACAACGGAAGCUGCUGAGAUUCCCAAAACCAGCGCAGAAGAAGAAACGCCUUCGACUUCUCAAAUUGUCACAACAACUACCGUCUCAACAACCCCAUCGACGACAUCGUCAACUUCCACAACCACGCCAGUAUCAACCACAACUACUCCCAAUCCUCCUUCCUUGACGCCUCCGGAGAGCGCAGAGGAGGACACUAACACCAGGGCUUACUCCAUUGUGCCUGGAAUCAAGGCGAUCUUCCCCAACAUUUCCACCGCGGCUUCCUUGCCACCGGACAAUGAGGAGUCCAUCAGGCUGCCGAUCGCUUCAAGCACCAGUAAAAGUGUCAGUAAAACAACAUUCUCGACUUCCGUGAGAUCAACGAGUGUUCCUACAACAUCCAGCUCGACGCCCAGCACCACUGAAGAAGACGUGUCAACUCCUCUGGCCAGCUCACAGGCUUCUGAAGAUUCAACCACGCCAAAGACCAUCAACAUUUCCGAUCCCAUUCUUCCAGCCUCCUUCAACAUCUCCUCCAUCUUUCCCACCUUCCCGCCGAUGAGUGUGCCCAAGGGGAAUGUCUCAGCCACGAAGAAGUCUCCAACGAGCCUGGAUGGCGUUCUGCUGCGACGCAACGGCGACGUCACUAUAGAGAUGCACAGGAUGAACAUGGCAGCGUACGUUUUGGCGGGAUUGGGAAUGUUCCCCAUCGCCAUCAUCAUUGUCUAUGUGGUGCGGACGGUGAUCUUUAAGCGAGAAGCCAAGCAGUCCAGUGAUCUUGAGAGGUACAUGAAUGACGGCCAGCCCAUCAGUCCUGUGGUGAAGAUGGAAGAUUCCUCCGGGGAGGAGUCCAUCAUGACAGAGCGGGACUUCAAUCGCAACAACCUGAGAUUCAAGAGUCUGCUAGGCGAGGGCAACUUCGGCCAGGUGUGGAAGGCGGAGGCGGACGAUCUGGCUGGCCAUCUGGGCACCACCAGAAUCGUCGCGGUGAAGACUGAGAGGACGGAGAAUGGCUGCGGUGGCCUCAAGAUGGAAGCCGACAUAAUGCGGAAGCUGGGUAGUCAUCCGAAUGUAGUCACUCUUCUCGGUGCUUGUAUAGAUCAAGAACCUCAUCUUCUCAUCAUGGAAUUCGCCAUGAGAGGACGAUUGCUCUCUCUUUUGCGUGCUGCCAGGAGUGCUGUGCAUUCUGUUCCCCAGUCAACGCCCAGCACAACUAAGACUGCCGCCAUCCCACUGUCGCCCAGAAGGCUGUCCGGAUUCGCUCAUGACAUCGCCAGAGGAAUGGAAUACAUCGCCAGCAAGAGGAUUGUCCAUCGCGAUUUGGCGGCUCGCAAUGUGCUUCUGGAUCACAAUGGAGUGUGCAAAAUUUGCGACUUUGGCAUGUCUCUGGACGUGGAGAAAUCCAAGCGGAUUCACACUCUGUAUUCCCGGAAGUCACACCUCAGGAGAUCGCACAGUCGUUGUGGAGAGUCGCGAUUCAGAUUCCAGCCCUUCUCAACUCUGGACACGAAGUUCGGCGUGUGUCGCAGUGAGAGUCAGACCUGCGGAACGAAGGUCAGACCCGCCUUGCCCAUCAGAUGGAUGGCUCCGGAGGCGCUGCAGUAUCACAUCUUCUCCGCGGAGACCGACGUGUGGGCCUUUGGGAUCGUCCUGUGGGAAAUUGCGACGCUCGGAUGCACUCCCUAUCCUAAUCUGUCCGGUCGCGAGGUGGUGCGGAGUGUUCCUGCGGGCAUCAGGCCGGAAAUCCCACCAGACUGUCGCCCUGAGCUGUAUCACUUGAUGACCAAGACUUGGCGCAAGGAUCCCAGGCAGAGGCCGUCCUUCACCGAGGCCAGGAGCGAUCUGGCGCACGCCCUGCGCCAGUGGGAGAUCGAGCAGGAGAACUCCUCGGAGUACCUCGACGUGAGUGGCUUCAGCGAGGAUCUCGAGCACGGAAUGGUGUACUUCAAUAGGCGAAUAUCAGAGUUUGAGUGCGAUAUUUGACUAGAGUCGCCCUAAUGGCAAAUCUGGUGCUGCGCCAGUCUCAAAGUAUUAGAAAAAGAUUGCACGUGACUUUCUUAGACUUUGUUUUUGUGACAAUAACACUCCUUGUAAAUAGUAAUGACACAAAUUUUGCUAGCAGUUCAGAAUUCUUCCUGGACUCUAAUUAUCUAAGUAAAAUUAUUAUAUAUAUUUUCGAGUAUAAAUGGCGCUCAAGAUGGCAAGAAAAUCUCUUCGUUUUUUUUUUUCUUUUAGAAAUAUCUAGUCUGCUGAGGUGAAAAAUAUGGAAAGCAAUUUUAGAGUGAAUUGAUAAAUGAUUUCCCUGAAAAUCUUUACAAUGGAAGUAUAAUUUAAUGAAUUUUAAUACCUUCAUUAUUUAUUAAGUGAAUGAAUUUUACUUUAUCUGAAAUUGUUGACGUUAAUCGAAUAAA